CAGAGGCCCGCAACAUCUGCUGCUCGCGGGGAAACUGGAGCGACCUUGCCGGCUUGGCCAAUGAACGGCGGAGGUGGAGCUUGGCUGCGAUCGCACCGGAGCGGGAUCUUCUUUGCAAGCCGGAGAUCUGCCUCCCUGGCCGCCUCUGCGGGUCUCUCCGGAACCGGGGGGGACGAUGAGCCCGGCGUUGCCAAGCGUCCCCGGGCGAGCUGGGCGCUGGAACCGAGCGAGCGCUGCCAAGAGAGCUGCCGUUUUGCUUGCAGCGGCUUACGGGCUGAAAAUCCUCUGGCCGUUGCUUUGCAAGCGGCUGGUGCGGCGGGCGGGUUCGAUACAACGGACCGUCCGGGCAUCGGAAGAUGCUGCAAAGCGAAUGGAGGUGGAGGAGAAAGAAGCAUCCGGAUCGUUGCAAGGGCCCGGCUCGGCUGUAAGCAGCAAAGCCUCGCCGGCAGCCAAUGCGCAGUUCCUCCGGCAGCUCUUGGCUCUGCGCAAGAUCUUCUUCCCGAGGCUGGUCAGCCCGGAAAGCGGUUGGCUUUGCCUUCAUUCGGUGGCUCUGGUCUCCAGGACCUUCCUCUCCAUCUAUGUGGCGAGGCUGGAUGGUCAGAUCGUGAAGAGCAUCGUGGAGAAGCGUCCGCGCAGCUUCGCUUGCAAGUUGCUCAAGUGGCUGCUGGUGGCCAUCCCGGCCACCUUCGUCAACAGCGCCAUCCGUUACCUGGAAUGCAAGCUGGCUCUGGCUUGCCGCACCCGCCUGGUGGAUCACGCCUACCUGACCUACUUCGACCACCAGACUUACUACAAGGUGACCAACAUGGACGGCAGGUUGGCCAACCCCGACCAGUCGCUGACCGAGGACAUCAUGAUGUUCUCCCAGUCGGUGGCUCACCUCUACUCCAACUUGACCAAGCCCAUCCUGGAUGUGGGGCUCACCUCCUACACCCUCAUCCGGACGGCCCAAGCUAGGGGGGCCAGUCCCGUGGGACCCACGCUGCUGGCCGGCUUGGUGGUCUACACCACGGCCAAAGUGCUGAGAGCCUGCUCCCCCAAAUUUGGAAAGCUGGUGGCGGAGGAGGCCCACCGGAAGGGCUACCUGCGCUACCUCCACUCGCGGAUCAUUGCCAACGGGGAAGAGAUCGCCUUCUAUAGAGGGCACAAGGUGGAAAUGUCCCAACUUCAGAAAAGUUACAAAGCUCUGGAAGAGCAAAUGAACAUCAUUUUGUCCAAGCGCUUAUGGUACAUCAUGCUUGAGCAGUUCCUGAUGAAAUACGUCUGGAGUAGCAGCGGGUUGAUUAUGGUAGCGGUUCCCAUCAUCACGGCAACAGCAUUUGCGGACGGUGAUUUGGACAAUGGCCAGAAACAAGCCAUGGUCAGCGAGCGAACGGAAACCUUCACUACCUCACGAAAUUUAUUAGUUUCUGGAGCAGAUGCCAUUGAACGGAUUAUGUCUUCCUACAAAGAGGUGGCAGAAUUAGCCGGCUACACUGCCCGUGUUUACAACAUGUUUUCAGUCUUCGAUGAAGUAAAGAGAGGCAUUUACAAAAUGUCAGACCUUACUCCAGAACGGGAAAGCAGCAACAAGAAAAGGAAUAAAGCCAAACAAUGCAUUAAUGGCCCCUUAGAAAUCAAAGGAAAAGUAAUAGAUAUUGAUCAUGGGAUUAUCUGUGAAAAUGUCCCUAUAAUUACCCCCAAUGGAGAUGUGGUGGUUUCCAAGCUAAACUUCAAAGUUGAGGAAGGCAUGCAUCUCCUCAUUGCCGGCCCCAAUGGUUGUGGGAAGAGCUCCCUGUUUAGGAUUUUGAGUGGUUUGUGGCCCGUCUAUGAAGGGGUUCUGUACAAACCACCUCCUCAGCACAUGUUCUACAUACCACAAAGGCCUUACAUGUCCCUGGGGACGCUACGGGAUCAAGUCAUCUAUCCCGAUUCACUGGAUGACAUGCAUGAAAAAGGAUACCAAGACCAGGAUCUGGAAUUUAUCCUGCAGAUAGUUCAUCUGAAUCAUAUUAUUCAGAGAGAGGGAGGGUGGAACUCUGUGAUCGAUUGGAAAGACGUCCUGUCUGGAGGAGAGAAGCAGAGAAUGGGGAUGGCUCGGAUCUUUUAUCACCGAGAUCUGCCAGGAGGAAAAAGCAGGAGUUUUUAAUGAGAAAUACAUGGGUUGGAUGGAAACUAGUGGUGCUGAUGAAUAGCACAUUUAUAAAUUCAGUGGCAUUUCUUUGAGAAGAGGUGAAACAGGACACUCCUAGACGCUUACUCUGGCAAUCCAGUUGCUUCCAUCCUGGCGUCAGGAGAAAUGUGAGAAAAAUGCAAGUAGUCCUCGACUUAUGACCACCAUUGAGCCCAGAGUUUCUGUUCUUAAGGGAGAAGUUCAUUCGGUGAGUUUUGCUCCAUUUUAUGACUUUUCUUGCCACAGUUGCGAAGCGAAUCCCUUCAGUUGAUUGAUGAGUUAGUAAACAUGGUUGUUAAGUGAAUCCGGCUUCCCCCAUUGACUUCGCAAAAGGGGAUCACUUUUGGGGCACACAGCAAUGGUCGUAAGUGUGAGUCAGAUGCCAAGAGUCUGAAUUUUAAUGGGGAUGCUGCAAGAAUUGUAAGUGUGAAAGACAAUCACAAGUCGCUUCUUCCAUGGCCGUUGUAACUGGUCACUAAACAAAUGAUUGUAAGUCAAGGACUUGCCUGUACAGUAUUCAGGGGAACAGCAAAAAAAUAAAAAAAGGUAUAAUCAUGUUUCUCUUUUUUGCAAGGCCGAAAUACGCACUGCUCGACGAAUGUACGAGUGCCGUCAGCAUUGACGUGGAAGGAAAAAUAUUCCAGGCUGCUAAAAGUGCCGGCAUCUCCCUGCUUUCCAUAACUCACAGGCUAUCU